AUGACAGACGAGCUAGUUGCAGUCGCGAAAAAAUUUGGUAGCCUUAGCGAAUACAGCAUACAGUUGAAUCGAUGGAUUUUAAAACCGAUUGGCGCAUGGUCAUCGUCAUCUUCCACUGCGAGAGAAAAGAUCAUGUCGAAAAUUUUAGUUGUCAUUUGUUCAUGCUUCUCAUUAUUUACCAUAAUCCCUUCAAUACUCCGUAUUAUCUUCGAAGACGAAGAUAUCUAUCUAAAAUUAAAAAUGCUUGGACCUAUAAGUCACUGGCUUAUCGGAGGUAUCAAUUACGUUGUCUUACUAUUACAUAAAAAUGAUAUACGUUCUUGCAUAGAACACGUACAAGCCGACUGGAAAAUCGUAGCAAGGCCGAAGGACCAACAAGUGAUGUUGAGGUACGCGAAAGUGGGCCGCUAUAUUACCGGUUUCUGCGCGGGCUUCAUGCAAGGUGGCGUUUUCUGCUACUGCGUGAUGCUGGGAAUAUUUAAACAGUCUGUUAAAAUCGGCAACGAAACCGUGGCUGUAUAUUCUGUCCCUUGUCCGCCCUACAAACUACCUAUUUAUACUAAUCCGACACACAGUAUCGUCCUCGCUACGCAAUUUCUGUCAGGAUUUAUCGUCAGUUCAAGCGCUGUCGCUGCGUUUAGCCUUAACGCCACGUUUGCUAAUCAUGCCCUUGGGCAAUUGAAUGUCAUAAACAUGUGGAUUAACGAAUUCGUAAAUUACCCAAGAAAUCAGUCCAAGGACAGCUGCGUUAACGAGAUAGAUGUAAUCGUUGAACAUCAUCUACGAAUUUUAAGUUUCAUAGCCCGCAUCGAGCAUAUGCUGUGUCUAAUAUGCAUGAUGGAAACGUUCAAGUGUACGCUGGGUAUGUGCAUGCCUAGCUAUUUGAUUCUCGCGGAAUGGUCUGACCAUAACAUUCAGAACUUGAUGGCAUAUAGUAUGAUAUUUCUAUCUAUGACAUUUAACAUCUUCUUAGUAUGUUACAUUGGUGAAAUACUAACAGAGCAGUGCAAGAAAGUUGGUGACGUAGUUUACAUGACAAAUUGGUACGAAUUGCCUGAUAAAGACAUUCUUAAUCUCAUAAUGAUUAUUUCACGAUCAAGCAAGGAGGUCAAGAUCACGGCCGGAAAGUUGGUCACCAUGUCUGUGUACACUUUCGAUAGUCAAAUCAGUUUUCGCAUACUUAAAUAUCCUACGACAAACAACAAUGAUGUAAACUGA